AUGGUGAAGGGCCGCCAAGGAGAGCGCGUGAGGCUAUACGUCCGUGGGACCAUCCUCGGCUACAAAAGGUCGAAGUCGAAUCAGUACCCAAACACGUCGUUGAUCCAGAUUGAAGGGGUGAACACGCAGGAGGAGGUUGCGUGGUACCUUGGGAAGCGAAUGGCGUACAUUUACAAGGCGAAGGUGAAGAAGAACGGUUCUCACUACCGCUGCAUUUGGGGGAAGGUCACGCGCCCUCACGGCAACAGCGGCGUCGUUCGCGCCAAGUUCACGUCGAAUCUCCCACCGAAAUCCAUGGGUGAUAGAGUGAGAGUCUUCAUGUACCCGAGCAACAUUUGA